CUGGUAUUCACGGUUUCUUGCUUCAGCGAUGAAGAUGGAGGAAUCGAAGGUUGAAAGUCCUGCUCCGGAGACUGUUGCUUCUGAAGAUGUUGAUGUUGUGUCCACACCUUAUAUUCUGGGUUGGCGACUUCAUGUGAUUACGAUCGCUCUUUGCCUCAGUAUAUUCCUCGCGAGUUUGGAAGUAUCUAUUGUUGCGACUUCGCUCGUCGCAAUUUCAAACAGCUUGAAAAGCUUUGAGCAAAGCAGUUGGAUUAUCAACUCUUAUAUGCUCACAUAUACAGGUUUUCUCAUAAUAUGGGCGAAACUCAGUGACAUCUUCGGUCGCAAACUCUUUAUCCUGUCUUCGAUUCUUCUCUUCGUCAUCUUCUCUGGCGCAUGCGGCGCAGCUCAGACCACGGAGCAGCUUAUUGUUUUCCGGGCAUUCCAAGGUCUAGCAGGCGCAGGGACAUAUUCGUUAACCGUGGUGAUAUUCUUCGAGUUAGUACCUCCGGCCAAGUUUGCUACCUACACAAGUCUAGUUUCUGGAGUCCUUGCUAUUGCACUCUUGCUGGGACCUCUACUUGGAGGUGCAAUUACGAAUGGGACGACUUGGAGAUGGAUCUUUCUAAUCAACGUACCUGUUGGAAUCGUAGCAGUACUAGCCUUGAUUCUCACGGUUCCAAACGGCUUUCCACAUCAUAUUGCUACAUCUGCCUCAAAAAACGUUUCCACUAAGACGAAACUGCUUUCUAAGAAUAACUUUAAGCGUAUCGACUUCGCAGGGACUACUCUUCUCCUCGCGGCCUCCAUUUUGCUAGUCGCUGCUUUCGAAGAAGCUGCUCGAGGCCGGAACUGGGACUCAGCUCUCAUCAUUUCUUUCCUAGUCGUUUCAAUUCUCAUCUGGGUUGUGUUCAUCGUAUGGGAGCGUCGGGUUACUCUUGCUAGCGGCAUCAUGGAGCCUAUUUUCCCUUGGCGAUUUCUGCAAUCACGUGUACGGAUUGGAAUGAUCCUGAGUAUGAUCCUAACAGGUGGUCCCUUCACCGUCUGCGUAAUCCAAAUCCCGCAGCGCUUCCAAGCUGUCAACGGCCUCUCCUCUCUAGACGCUGGUAUACGCCUCCUUCCCUUCGCCAUAGCAUCACCCUUCGGAUCUGCUCUCUCACCAGCGAUAUGCAAGAAAUGCAAAGUACCACCCGUUUAUCUCUGCUUUGUUGGCUCAGCUUUGCAAAUUAUCGGGUUUGCGCUGCUUUCAACUCUACCCGAUUCCUCAACCACCUUUCAUGGGCAGUAUGGAUACCAGUUUGUUGCAGGCGUGGGUGUUGGAAUUAACCUGGCUUGCUUGGUUGUUAUGGCGCCUUUCACGGUUGAGGAAAGAGAUAAGUCUGUCGCAAUGUCAUCAAUGGUCCAGUUCCGCACACUGGGUGGCGCCCUUUGUCUCGCCAUUGCCUCUAGUGUCUUCAACGACUUCAUUCGCGCCCGCUUCCUGCAUAUCCUUUCGCCACAAGAAGUCGACGUAAUUCUAAAAUCCACAGAAGCGAUAAAAUUCGUCCCGGCAGAUAUUAGAAUGGAGUUGACGAAGAUAUUUAGUCGUGGGUACGACCUACAAUUCAAGAUCUUGAUUGGAUUUGCAGCGGCGCAGAUCCCAGCCAGUGCGCUGAUGUGGAAAAGAAAUCAGGUCAUGGUUUGAGGCGUUGCAGCACCUAAAAUCCGCUCUUGAGUAGUCGUGUUAGCUCUGCUCCGGCGAGUGCCACUUUAGCGAUCGGCAUUGUGACACAACCGGCAAAACCCUGAAGUCAAAUUAGAGUCGGGGAGGGAUCGUUAAACAGUGUCGUACAACUUUGUGGUUACACAGCUUCUUCCUGGUUUCCGGGUACCAACAAUUCCAUGAGUGCGGCGCGUGGGAAUGAGCCCCAAAGAGUCUUAACAGGACAACUUCUCCCAGGGUGAAGAAGGCUUCGCUUUGCACGUUGCGUCCAGCUCUGGUACAGCAGCGAGUUAUAAC